CAAGGAGUGUCAGAUAUCACAGAGUUUUCUCUAGAAUCAGGUGACACAUUGAAAGUCUGUAGUGAUUAUUCAUAAUCGAAACUUGUUGGCUAGAUUACGAAAAGACAUUGAAGUCCAAAACCCUUGAAGACAGGAGGGACUGCAUUUGAAUCAUAGAGAGAUGGACGCGGGGCCAUUUAGCAGGAAGCAGUGGGCAUCGCAGUCUUUACGGAUCACAGCCAAAGAGCUCUCUUUGGUUGGGAGCCGUGGCAAGAACAAUGCCAUCACUGAGCGCUUUUCCAAAUAUCAGAAAGCUGCUGAGGAGUCAAGUGCAGAGAAGAAAAAACCUCCUGUGGACAGCGGACCUCUAUCCCUGCGAUCAGGGAAUCUGAGUGUGCUGAAGAAACGCUGGGAACAGACACAACAGGAGAAAUCUGCUCCUCAGCUGAGCGUGGCACCUGUGAGCCGGGCGUCUCGUUCUGCUUCCUGCAAACCCAGCAAUCCUCCAGGACCGCCCGCUUCCUCCAGCAAGCUCGUGCGGCAGACCAGCGCGACUCAAGAGUCGACCUCCCGCGAAAGACCUGCAAAAAUAAAGGCAGACAUGGAGACUAAACAAAAGAAGUGCGUAAAAGAGGAGGCAGAAAACAUGACUACAUCUGAUCCGUGUCCUCCUGCGGAGAAACCAGCCCUGCCCCUCAAAAACCUCAAAAUGAUGUAUGAAAAGGGCAAAAGCAAGACCCAAACAGAAGCUCAGAGCAGCUCAGAGGAUGCGGACACACAAGCGGCAAACAAAGGUACACCCAGUCUGAAGCGCAGCGCCUCUAUCAAGGACAGGAUGGCCAAAUAUCAGUUAGCGGUCACCAGACAGGCUUAUUUGACUGUGAGUAUGUUUGCCACAAACCGGUCAGAAACAGAGGAAAGUGUUCCUUCCAAGAAUCAUAAGGAGGUUUCGCCACCUGCUGGUGAUGGACACAUAGUGAACACACUCCCUGAGUCAAGCUGCACAAAGAUAAAUGGAGAGCAUGUACACGCAUCGAGUCCUAGUGAGGCGUCUCCUGUAUCAGAGAACAAGGAGCCUCCUAAAGUGGCCAGGAAAUUUCAUCUGCCUGUCCAGGAAAGCUGUGUGUCCUGCCAAAAGACUGUUUACCCUUUGGAGAAACUCGUUGCCAAUCAGCAGAUUUACCACAAUUCUUGCUUCCGCUGUGUCGUUUGUAGUAACAAGCUCAGUCUGGGGACCUAUGCUUCUCUACAUGGUGACAUCUACUGUAAACCGCACUUCAGCCAGCUAUUCAAGUCUAAGGGAAACUAUGAUGAGGGCUUUGGCCAUCGACCACACAAGGAAAUGUGGACACCACGAACAAACGAGGAGGAACCUGAGAGAGACGAAAACUCAAAGCCAUUUGUGGUAGACUCUGUGCUAGUGAAGCCUAAAGAACAGACCCCUAAAGAACUGGUCAAAUUCACUGACCUCUCUGCAGCUCUAGAGACAAAAAGUCAAACCAGCUCAACCAGCUCCAUGGAAAAACCACAAACCCCUUCUGUGGAGACAAGAAAACUGAGAGUUGCAUGGCCACCUCCUGCAGACAGUGACGGAAGCUCCAAAGUCUCCAGUCUGGGCACUGAGGUUGGAAAGGGUUCAUCCAAGCUUUUCAGAGGAAAGUGGCCUCCAGGGGAGGAAGCUCCACCUGCUCAGCAGAGCCCUGAAAGAGCAGAACUGAAAAGCCUUAGACGUAGUUCUUCACUCAAAGAGCGCAGCCGUCCCUUUUCUGUGGCACCAAACUUGGCAUUAUCUAACGCUGCAAAACAAGAGUCCCACAAAGCUGCUUUGGUUAGAAGGGGCUCACUGGAGGAGCUUCGUUCACGGUCAAAAGUGAAAGCAGACAAAACUGAAGUGCAAGAAGAGACAAGAAUCCCAGAUGAAAAGACAAAGGACAGUGAAAGCCAAUCCAAGGAGAAUGUCGAGAGACCUGCCAAACCUGAUAGGACAGAAAAGAUGCCCUCCUCUAUUCUCAAACAGACACAACAAACAAAAAAGGAGGCUGAGCCACCGCAAGCAAAAAAUGAAGCUGGUCUACAGCAAACAAAAAAAGCGUCUCAGACUCAGCUAACAACAAAGGAGUCUGAUCUACAACAACAUGAGGUUCCGACAGGCCAUGUGGAAGAUGAGGAAAAACCGGUGAAAUGUUUAAGCACUUCUCCUGAGCUUCAGUCUUCGCAAGACACACUCUCCUCUCCAAUUGUGGAAGAAAAAGCCCAUAGGAAAUCCCAGGAUGUGGGCUUCUGGGAUGGCGAGGAGACUGAGGAGUCCCUGACUGUAGAGGAGAUGAUCAAGAGGAAUCGCUACUAUGAAGAUGAAGAAGAUGAGGAAGAGGAGGUGGCAAUAGUUUGACAAUAUAUGUCAUGAAUACCUUCCAUUCAUUUACUCUGAAAAUACAACUGGUAUGAAUUCAACAUAAUAAAAAACAAGUACUUUAUUAUAUCUUAACCAAGUACUAUGGUACUGUACAUCUUUUUCUUUAAACAUCUUUCUGGGUUAUGUUUUGUAUUAUGUUCUUUGUCUUCCGUGUUUUUUUGUUUUUUUUGGUAUCUGAAAAAAAAAUGACCAAAAGUUUAAAAAUCACUAUUGUUUAUUAAUCUAUGUAUUUUGUGUGCUGAUCCCUAUUAACAAAUUUCCUCUCUAAUUCUCAGUUUAUUCAAUAAGGAUAACAGCAAAACACAGUUUUGGAUUUUACUCUCGUCGUCCAUAUUAUAAAACGUUUUCCACUGUUCUAAUGAUUAUUGGGCAUAUUGAGACUAUUGAGCAAGUACACAAUAAACAUUAUUUUACUGAAA